GUGGCUCACCAACACUUUUUACAUGUGAGUGUGGCUCAUGAGUAAAAUAGGUUGCCUUACGGAAUGAACGGAUUGUUGGCUGGUCGGGCUUCUGUUACCAGCCAAUCUAGAGUAAGACAUGAAACAAACAUCUAUAAUUCUUCCUUGGAACAUCCACUGUGGCCUACUGAAUUGUUGUCAACUCUUGGACAUACCCCUAUGGUGUAACAAUAUAUACAGCAGACCCCCCCGGGUGGGGUUUGGGCAACGGGAGGGCCCAGACCACGGGGUCUGCUGUACCUUAGUCCCUGGCUCCUCUCCUACCUUUAAUAUAGUGGUCAGGUUGGGAGCAGGGACUGGUAACGUCGGGCCAUCUCAAGAGAUUUUUCUGCAGGGGGGACCAGUGCCACCAAGUUACGCCACUGCUCCUAAUGAUGCCCGAAACACCCCAUAUAAUAUUGAAAGCAGAGGGAUAAGGUAGGCUGUAGUUCAUCAAAGUAGAUAUAACUUAUCUAGCACCUAGAACCAUAUCCAGUACUAACAUGGACACACCCCUCCAUCUUAUCAUACAGCACACAUACUGCAUAGUCAGCAUUGUUUCCAUAUGCAUGACAUAUACAGAAUGAUACAUGAUAUUGGUAUGUGACUUAACAAGUCCGAUGUUAUGCGGAGGUAGAGAGGAAAUCUUUAAUGUCGUAUAGCGAAGGUGAAUAUCUUACAGCACAGACCAUCUACACGGGAUCCUGUCCCUUGGCACUCAGGCUACUGCCCCCCAAGUCAUCUGGAAAAAUCCAGAAAGGAAGAUGACUGGAGGGCAAAUAAAGAAGCCAUUGCUUGGAAUCUUCUCCAGAGACGAUCAGACCAACUAUCAGUGGCUGAUUGACUCGGCAUACUCGGCCGUUCCAGACAUCCGACUGGUCUACAUUGGCAAUGACAGUGGCCAGAUCUUCAGAGAGGAAGUCCACAAAUGCACCUUUGCCAUUCUGUAUCACACACUGACCCGGGGGAGGAUAAACAUCACCAAUGUAACUGACUCACUGUACGAUGUUGAACUCAAGUAUCUGAAUGAUAUUCUAGGGAAAGACAAUGUCAUUGUUGUCAUUGACGACCUGGAGGACAGCAGCUCUGCUGAGAAGGACAGAAUCCUGAACCAGCAGAAGAGUUUAGGGAAUUUGGCAAGGGAUGUGUUCCUAUUCAGUGCAAUGGAGAAAGAAAGGCUACCUCUAGGUACUCAGCAGAAGAAGAAGAAGAAAGUGAUUCCUGAUCCCAAAGUGAAACAACUCAUCAAAAUAUUGAAAGAUCAUCAUCAUCAAAGAAAACAUUGUGACAUGAGCGUCCCAUGUACAAUUGGUAUUGCCGUUACAGCCAUUGUUUUUGUGCUUCUCUUCGUUGGCAUAUUGAUCUACAGCUGCAAAAUACCUUUGCGAUAACAGCCCGAGGAACACACAAAAUGGCUACGGACACGACAAAGGUGUAAGAGAACCUAAAUGCUGAGCAGGUUGUGUUUAAUGCUUGACAAUGGCAAAGUCCCAUACAUCCAGGAUGAAGGAUUUUAUGGAUAAAAUAUAACAGUUCUAUUAAAAUGAGUGCAUUGGGGUGCAAUUGUUUUAUAAUAAAUACAAUGAUUUA